AUGCUGAAAAAAGAACCGCUUCAUCGUAACAAUUCCCUUCGACUAGUUCAACAAAACUCAAUCUGCCACUUUUCGCAAGCUCCCGCACAACUGCCGAGUUCUGAGCUCCGGCACCGCCAAGCACGAGGACCACUUUUCGAUCGGACAUUUGAUUUUGGAUGA